AUGCCCAGCGAGACUCCCACCAACGGUGUCAAGGACACGAAUGGCACUACGGAAUUCGCGCCAGAAGGUUCUCUUGCAUCUUUCAAGAACUUCUAUCAAGGCCCGCGGGACAAGAAUAAGCAGUGGAGCUGGACUGAGCAGGAACCCGAGGAUGUCGCAGACCCUGCUGAGAAUGAAGAGACGGCCCAACACGCUCUCAUCACUCGUCUGCUCAAGUCAGACGACUCCCGCAGGAAAUACAAGAUCCACUCAAUCAUUAUCCAGUCUCCUUGCCUCAAGACUGCUCUUGCUGAAGUUCUGAAGGAUUACCCAGCCAUCCAUUGCGAAUUGAAACGCCUGGAGUUCGAGGCGCCAUUCACUCCUUUUGUUCAUCGAUGGGCUCAGCUACUUGAGUACAAAAGCAGAAAAGAUCUCGAUGCCACAACUGCUGAACACGUUGAGCUACUCUACGAAGUUCUUUCCUCUGAGCUCAAGGACGUCAUCAAGACAUUCGAGGACUACAUCAGCCAUGGCAUAGUAACAUUCGAUCAUAUCUGGAUCAUGUAUCAGCCCGGCGCCCUCAUCUACUCCAACUCUCACAACGGAGCGUAUGGGGUCUACAAAUUGAAGUCAGGCUCCUACGUCAACACCCAGUGCGGUAGGAUGUACCAGAUCAACAUUGAGGCCAUCGACUGGAACGGCAGCACUUUCGGUCGCACUGCCCAGACUAUUCGAAUUCGAGAGUUUCAUGGCACUGCUCCCAUACUGGGCUUGACAGCCUUCCCAUUGUCAUUCCAUCCUCAUGAAGCCAAAGUCAGAGAAGCGCUGAUCAGCCGUGGUAAAAAGUUUGAAGCACUUGCUGGCAGCCACUACAUGGCAUACGAUGGCUUCGCAAUUGGAUGGGACAGGGAGGGCAAUGAGGCGCCGUACAUGUGCACCGGCCGUAUCAUCAUCGACUCGGACAGCUUCCAGCGCUUCUCUCCCCGUUCCAUCAACCGAGUCGACCCUCUCAGCGCAAAAGAAUGCGCCUCUGGUCCUGAAGCCGUCGCUGAGAAGCUCGAAAUCCAAGACCCGACCGAGAUGAAGUACGUGUUUGGUAAGCAAGACAAGGAAGAACGUCUACGCCUCACCGAGGACCACCAACUUCUAUGCUUGCCCAGAGUCCGGGGCUACUCGCUCAAGAAGAAGCAGUGGCUGUUUUUCUACCUUGAUCUCAUCGAAGACAUCAAGUUCAAUGACAAUGCCUUCGCUUCGCUCGUUCUCCCUCAAGACCAGAAGGAGCUCAUUCUUGCGUUUGCCGAAUCGCAAGCCAUGAGCCAGUGCAAGUUCGACGACAUCAUCAGCGGAAAAGGCCGUGGCCACAUCACUCUGCUCAGCGGCCCUCCCGGAGUUGGCAAGACCCUUACAGCAGAGUCUGUAGCCGAGCACAUGCGCGCUCCCUUGUUCAUGAUAUCAGCAGGCGACUUGGGCAUCGACCCCGACCAAGUCGAGAGCAAGCUCACCAAUAUCCUCGAGAUGAUCUCCAAAUGGAACGCCGUACUUCUACUCGACGAAUGCGACGUCUUCCUUGAAGCGCGCAGCACGCACGACCUAGAGCGGAACAAGCUCGUGUCCAUCUUCCUGCGUGUGUUGGAGUACUACGAAGGCAUGUUGUUCUUGACAACCAACCGCGUUGACAACAUCGACGCUGCUUUCCAGUCCCGUAUUCACAUCAGUAUGGCAUACCCUGAUCUCAAUUCUUCCUCUCGCAAGAGCAUUUGGCAGAACUUCUUGAAGAGCUUGGGUGGCUUGGAGGGAUGGAAGGAUCAGGAUCUUGAGGAACUGGCAAGUGUGGAGCUCAAUGGUCGUCAGAUCAAGAACGUACUCAAGAGCGCAUCGCUGCUUGCUGCACGAAAGAAAGAAGGUCUAAACAGGAAGUACGUUGAUAUGGUGCUGGGGAUUGAGAAGAGAAGGCCUGGUGUGGCUGUGGGUUUCUAG